ACACCGGCAGAUAUUAAGAUGGCGGUAGUUGUUUGAGGGGUUAUGUACUGUUUCAGGAGGACAAAAAUUUGAAUAAAGGAAUUACGUAAUUGUAUCAUGGCCUGUGCAUUGAUUGUAAGAACUGUGUUUAGAUCUUCAUGUGUAGGAGAAGUGAUGAGAGCUAAAUCUUCAUCAAAUUUAGGAAAGGCAUGCAAUAGAAUGAUUUGGAAUGAUUGUCCAAAAUUUGCGAAACGCGAAGGGCGUAUAUGGAAGGAAGACGUACCAAAACCAGGAAAUGGACGGUCAUUUCGCCGUAUUGUUCAUUACCCGGAGGAGUACACAGUACAACCGUUAAACGUAACAAAUUUGGCUGGCAGAGAUCCGGUAACAGGCCGAGUUGUUGCCAAAGGAAUUGGUGGAGGGAUCAAACACAAGUACCACUGGAUAGCUUGGAUUAGGGAAGGUCCAAAGGAAGGAGAACCCUUAGAAGAGAGGGUGAUCCAGAUCAUGGAUGAUGGCUGCAGGACAGCCAAAAUAGCGCUUGUAGCAGGAGGUGAUGAAUUGAAGUAUAUUCUCGCAACAGAAAACAUGAAGGCGGGUGAUAUUAUCAAGACUUCAGCGCACAUACCAAGAAUUCCAGUACGAGGAAAUGAAGGUGAUGCGUAUCCGCUUGGAGCUUUGCCAAUGGGAACAAGGGUGAAUUGUAUCGAGCGCUUUCCAGGGCAGGGGGGCCGAUAUGUUCAUGCAGCUGGCACAUUUGCCACAGUGAUACGGCACGUUGGAGACCGUGUUAUUGUUCAGAUGCCCACAAAACAUGAACUCUCUUUCUCUCAAGAAUGCAUGGCUGUUAUUGGGAGACUAUCUAAUGUAAUGCACAACAAGACUCCAAUUGGAAGUCCUCAGAGACUGCGUGAGCUUGGGUACAGACCAAGAUCAGGAUUGUGGCAGCGCAAAUCUGGAAGACAUGGCCGCAAGAUACGUCCCUUGCCUCCGGUCCGUGUCUUGGACAAACCUCCUCCAGAAAGACCAGAGCCUAUUGUAUUGAGUUUGCCAGAACAAUAAAGUUGUUAAUAGUUAUGCUCAGAGUUUGAGGACAGUCAGGGCGUAAUACUGUGGUCUGGGGUGUUUACAGAUAUUCAGAUUUGGAACAUACCUGCAUAAUUUGGUGAACAGUGUCGUCUCACAGUGAGCCAUUUUAGAAAUGUUAGAGUGUAUCUGGUUCAGUGGAUUAACUGCUUCCCUCAUUAAUUUUCUUCUGAAAAUAUUAUCCAAAAUAUCACAUUGUUUUAUUUCACAUUUAGAAUUUUCCUGAAUAAUGAAAUUAUUGAUUUUGUGUUUUGAUGCAGAAUAUUUAAUCACUCUUAUGAUGAUUAUUUCCCCAAGUUAUCACUGGAUUUCUUUUAAUUGUCUGUAAAAUUAACUUCUUUAGAAUCACAACGUAGCGAUGUCACUGGAGGUAUCAUGUGAACAUAUGUUAAGCAUAUAGAUUUCUACUCGCGCAUGCUGUGGUACAAAAAUAUAAAAACACAUUUGGCCGAAGAAAGUACAGUACUCUGUCAUUUACGUGCAUCAGCAGUCUCUUAUACGUAUUUUCUUCAUGACCCAAAUUAACUCGGUUUGGUAAUGACGGGGAAGAAAAAUUAUUAUCUCAGAUUAAUUCAAAUUAAUAUUUUUUUGUGAAAAUCAUGAACCCGAUAUAUCUCGGGAUAAUCAGGGAAGCAGCUCAUAAAAGACUUAAUUUAUGUUUCACCUGCUUUGCUAAAUUGCGAAAGCACUAUUUUGUGUGAAGAGCCCAGGCUUAUGGUGUCAUCAUGGUCACAAGGCCGGCUCGUCAAUAACGGGUUCGUCGUUUGACGUGUUUCCGCGAAACGUGGUAUGCUAUUAGAGGUCAACUUGUGUGCAAACGUCGGUGUUAAUGACCUGGCUGCCUUGCAAACCGUCGAAGUGGCAGCAUCCUGAACUGAAAUUUUGUCUGGUGACAUGUCUUUGAAAAGUUUGCUAGCGUGUCACACUUAGAGCCUGCUGCACACUGGACGCAGCCUAGCACAGCACAGAUCGUCCUAGCAGAGACAGUUUCCUGUGCCUGCAUCUCAGGUCCACAUCUUGAUCGCAGUCGAGUGUGGGGUUUUGUCAAGGUGCUGAUAAAUUCAAAAUGAAUAUAUCGAAAGCAGUGCUGCUGGAUUUUCCAAGUUCUGGAUAUGGAUCAGAAAAUAUGCAAAAUAUGUUGUGAAGAGAAAGAUGUCUUCCUAUCGAAAGAAUGUGACAUAGUAAAUUUCUGUUUUCGUCAGAGCUCUCAAGCAGUCAAUUUAGCAACUAUUUUUAGCUGAACAGAGACAGAUUUGAUGAGUUGCACCAGCAGAUUGAAUUAGAUGCCAUGGAAAAAGAAUGUAAUGCUCAACAGCCCACUGAAAGAAACAAAAAGCAUGUUUUGUGUUUAAGGUAAGAGCUUUUUAUUCAUGUUUCACGUAAGAAAGAUUCUGAUAAUAAAAAUUACAAAAUGUAAAAUUUA